GGAACAAAAUGAAACAAAUACAACAAAUAUCCAAACUUCUAAAAAUAUUUAUACUUCAUCGCCAUCAAUUCCAUCAUCAACAGUUAUUGUCAGUAGUAAACCAACCAAAAAAGAACUUUCAUUUUCUGACUGUUUAACAGAUAUUAUUUUAAUUAUUUUGGUCGUUAUAUUAAUUUUGUUAUUGCCAAUUAUACUAUUUCUAAUCUUUUAUAAGCCAAAACCUGUCAAAGUUGUUGGAAAAGAAGAUGAAACAACAGUUGUGGUAGAAGAUGGAAUGACAGAAGGAAGUGUUGGAAUGACAGGAAGUAUUAAAACUAAACAAGAGAAAGAACAUGGUAAAUUUAUGGCUGUAAAAACUAUUGCAAUGGAGUCUGAUCAAGUUGAUUCUGCUGAAGAUUUAGGUCAAACAGGUCUUACAAAUAUUGCUGAUAAUUCGGAUAUAAGUGAAAGGCAAGAAAGCGUUAAACAUAAUGAGGAUGAAGACAAAAAAAGUGAAGCGAAAGGUGUGGGAACGGAUACAGAGCAACAUAAUGAAGCACAAGGUAGAAGCAGAGAUGGUGUUGAAGUGCCAGAAACUAUUAUCCACACACCAACGGAACAUGGAGGGGUGGAACAAGGAGUGGAAGUUCCUCUAUAUGAAGAAAUGUAA